UGGAGUCCGGGAAGUGCCACCCAUUGUGGACGUUGCCUUUUGGGGAAGGUGUAGCCUUUCACCUCUGCCUGGGGCUAAGGAAGCCUCUUCCACGCGCAGGGCCAAGGGACCGGUUGCUCCCACGUUUUCUUUCUCUGAUGCUAGUCUUGCCUUGCUCCGACUUCACCCUUCCCACCGGACAAAGAAUUUUAAACUGAAGGUGGGCUGAGAAAAAGCAGCCGGUCAGGUCCCUUACCUUAAACAAUCAUGGCUCAGAAAGAUGCUGACAAAUACCUAUAUGUGGAUAGAAAUGUCAUCAACAAUCCUCUUGCUCAAGCUGAUUGGGCUGCCAAGAAACUGGUAUGGGUACCAUCAGAGAAGAAUGGAUUUGAGCCUGCUAGCUUGAAGGAGGAAGUUGGAGAUGAAGCUGUUGUGGAGCUUGCUGAGAAUGGGAAGAAAGUGAGAGUCAACAAAGAUGAUAUCCAAAAGAUGAACCCACCCAAGUUCUCUAAAGUGGAAGACAUGGCUGAACUGACAUGCUUGAAUGAGGCCUCAGUGUUACAUAAUCUAAAAGAACGAUACUACUCAGGGCUAAUCUAUACCUACUCAGGCCUGUUCUGUGUUGUCAUAAAUCCCUACAAGAAUUUGCCAAUCUACUCAGAAGAGAUUGUGGAAAUGUACAAAGGCAAAAAAAGGCAUGAGAUGCCCCCACAUAUCUAUGCUAUCACAGAUACAGCCUACAGGAGUAUGAUGCAAGAUCGAGAGGACCAGUCCAUUCUCUGCACUGGUGAAUCAGGAGCUGGUAAGACCGAAAAUACUAAAAAGGUCAUUCAGUAUCUGGCUCAUGUUGCUUCAUCACACAAGAGCAAAAAAGAUCAAGGAGAGCUAGAGAGGCAGCUGCUUCAGGCCAACCCUAUAUUGGAGGCUUUUGGAAAUGCCAAAACUGUUAAAAAUGACAACUCUUCAAGAUUUGGAAAGUUCAUUAGAAUCAACUUUGAUGUAAAUGGAUACAUUGUUGGAGCCAACAUUGAGACUUAUCUGUUAGAGAAAUCAAGAGCUAUACGACAGGCAAAAGAAGAAAGGACAUUCCAUAUUUUCUACUACUUGCUGACUGGGGCAGGAGAACACCUGAAGAAUGACUUGCUUUUAGAGCCCUAUAAUAAGUACCGUUUCCUUUCCAAUGGACAUGUUACAAUUCCGGGCCAGCAAGACAAGGACAUGUUUCAAGAGACCAUGGAGGCAAUGAGGAUAAUGGGUAUUCCAGAUGAUGAGCAGAUGGGACUACUAAGGGUUAUUUCUGGUGUUCUUCAGCUUGGGAAUAUUAUUUUCAAGAAAGAACGUAACACAGAUCAGGCGUCCAUGCCAGACAAUACAGCUGCUCAGAAAGUUUCUCACCUUCUAGGAAUCAAUGUUACAGACUUCACCAGAGGCAUUCUCACCCCUCGCAUCAAAGUGGGCCGAGAUUAUGUUCAAAAGGCUCAGACUAAAGAGCAAGCUGAUUUUGCUAUUGAAGCUCUGGCCAAAGCUACAUAUGAACGCAUGUUCCGUUGGCUGGUGAUGCGCAUCAACAAGGCAUUGGAUAAGACAAAGAGGCAGGGAGCUUCUUUUAUAGGAAUCCUUGACAUUGCUGGAUUUGAAAUCUUUGAACUGAACUCAUUUGAACAGAUGUGCAUUAAUUACACCAAUGAAAAGUUGCAGCAGCUCUUCAACCACACCAUGUUCAUUUUGGAACAAGAAGAAUACCAGCGGGAGGGCAUAGAGUGGAACUUCAUUGACUUUGGCCUGGACUUGCAGCCUUGCAUUGAUCUUAUAGAAAAACCAGCUGGUCCUCCUGGCAUUUUGGCACUGUUGGAUGAAGAGUGCUGGUUUCCAAAGGCUACAGACAAAAGCUUUGUAGAGAAGGUGGUGCAAGAGCAAGGCUCUCAUCCUAAAUUCCAAAAACCGAAACAGCUGAAAGAUAAAGCUGACUUCUGCAUUAUACACUAUGCUGGCAGAGUUGAUUAUAAAGCUGAUGAGUGGCUGAUGAAGAACAUGGACCCUCUUAAUGAUAAUGUUGCUACUCUGCUACACCAGUCCUCUGAUAAGUUUGUAUCUGACCUAUGGAAAGAUGAGAUACAGAACGCUCAGAGAGCCUAUUUCUAUCAACAUUUUCCUAUUCUUCAUCUAGAACCAGUUGACCGCAUCGUUGGACUGGAUCAGGUUGCUGGCAUCUCAGAUUCAGCAUUACCUGGAGCCUUUAAAACCAGGAAAGGCAUGUUCCGAACAGUAGGACAAUUGUAUAAAGAACAACUAGCCAAACUGAUGGCUACUCUGAGGAACACCAAUCCCAACUUUGUCCGUUGUAUCAUCCCUAAUCAUGAGAAGAAGGCUGGAAAACUGGAUCCACACUUGGUUUUGGAUCAGCUUCGUUGCAAUGGAGUCCUGGAAGGGAUCCGUAUCUGCCGGCAAGGUUUCCCUAACAGAGUUGUCUUCCAGGAGUUCAGACAAAGAUAUGAGAUCUUGACUCCAAAUGCAAUUCCUAAAGGUUUCAUGGAUGGAAAACAGGCUUGUGUGCUCAUGAUCAAAGCCUUAGAGCUAGACCCAAAUCUUUAUCGAAUUGGACAGAGCAAAGUGUUUUUCCGAGCAGGAGUCCUUGCUCACCUUGAAGAAGAAAGAGACUUGAAGAUCACCGAUGUCAUCAUUGGGUUCCAGGCAUGCUGUAGAGGCUACUUAGCUAGAAAGGCUUUUGCCAAACGCCAGCAACAAUUAACAGCAAUGAAAGUGCUGCAGAGGAAUUGUGCUGCCUAUUUAAAGCUUCGCAACUGGCAGUGGUGGCGACUGUUUACAAAGGUAAAGCCACUGUUGCAAGUGAGUAGGCAAGAAGAAGAAAUGCUGGCCAAGGAAGAAGAGUUGCUGAAAGUGAAGGAAAAGCAGGUGGCUGCCGAAAGCAGAUUGACCGAAAUGGAAACUCUCCAUACACAGCUCAUGACAGAGAAAAUGCAGUUACAAGAGCAGUUGCAAGCAGAGAUAGAGCUCUGUGCUGAGGCAGAGGAGAUCAGAGCCCGCCUGACAGCUAAAAAACAAGAGCUGGAGGAGAUAUGCCAUGACUUGGAAUCUAGAGUGGAGGAAGAAGAGGAACGGUGCCAGCAUCUGCAAACUGAGAAAAAGAAGAUGCUUCAAAACAUUCAGGAGCUGGAAGAGCAGCUGGAAGAAGAAGAAAGUGCUAGACAAAAACUACAACUGGAGAAAGUUACCACUGAAGCAAAAUUAAAGAAACUGGAGGAAGACUUGAUAGUCUUUGAAGAUCAGAACUGCAAACUGGCCAAGGAAAAGAAAUUAUUGGAAGAGAGGAUUGCAGAGUUCACUACUAACUUGACAGAGGAAGAAGAAAAAUCAAAGAGUUUAGCUAAACUCAAGAACAAACACGAGGCUAUGAUAACAGAAUUGGAAGAACGAUUACGCCGGGAAGAAAAGCACCGUCAAGAAUUGGAAAAGACUCGCAGAAAACUAGAGGGAGACUCCACAGAUCUGCACGAUCAAAUCGCUGAACUGCAAGCUCAAAUAGCAGAACUAAAAAUGCAGCUGGCAAAAAAAGAAGAGGAGCUUCAAGCAGCUUUGGCUAGAGUGGAAGAGGAGGCUGCUCAGAAAAACAUGGCUCUGAAGAAGAUCCGUGAACUUGAAUCCCAAAUAACAGAAUUGCAGGAGGAUUUGGAAUCUGAACGCGCUUUUCGAAACAAAGCGGAGAAGCAGAAGAGGGAUCUGGGUGAAGAGCUUGAGGCUCUUAAGACUGAGCUAGAGGAUACGCUAGACUCAACUGCAGCACAGCAGGAACUCAGGUCAAAACGUGAGCAAGAAGUGACUAUUCUAAAGAAAACCCUGGAUGAAGAGGCAAAAACUCAUGAGGCUCAGAUACAGGAGAUGAGGCAGAAGCACAGCCAGGCAAUAGAAGAGCUGGCUGAACAGCUAGAGCAAACUAAACGAGUGAAAGUGAAUCUUGAAAAGGCAAAACAGUCCCUGGAGAGUGAAUGUGCUGAACUCUCAAAUGAGGUGAAAGCACUUCUGCAGAGCAAAGGAGACUCUGAGCACAAAAGGAAGAGGGUUGACGCUCAACUCCAAGAGCUGCAAGUAAAAUUCACAGAAGGGGAGAGAGUCCGGACCGAACUCACUGAGAAAGUUAACAAGUUGCAGGUUGAGUUAGACAACAUCACUGGCCUUUUGAAUCAGUCUGAUAGCAAAACUAUUAAAUUAGCAAAAGAUUUCUCUACAUUGGAAUCACAACUGCAGGAUACACAGGAACUGCUUCAGGAGGAAACCCGUCAAAAACUGAGCCUUAGCACCAAGCUGAAACAGAUGGAAGAUGAGAAGAAUAGCUUCAAAGACCAACUAGAGGAAGAAGAAGAAGCAAAGAGGAACCUGGGAAAACAGAUUUCUGCCCUUCAGUUCCAGAUUGCAGAAAUGAGGAAGAAGAUGGAUGAAAAUGUAGUUUGCCUGGAAUCAGUAGAAGAAAUCAAGAAGAAGCUUCAGAAAGAUUUGGAGGCUAUGAGCCAACGUUAUGAAGAAAAAGCAGCUGCUUAUGACAAGCUGGAAAAGACUAAGACCAGGCUCCAGCAAGAGCUGGAUGAUAUUGCUGUGGAUUUGGAUCAUCAGCGGCAAAUAGUUUCUAACCUGGAGAAAAAGCAAAAGAAAUUUGAUCAGCUGUUAGCAGAGGAGAAAACAAUAUCUGCCAAAUAUGCCGAAGAACGGGACCGUGCUGAAGCAGAAGCACGAGAAAAGGAAACGAAAGCCCUUUCCUUGGCUAGAGCCCUGGAGGAAGCCAUAGAGCAGAAAGCAGAGCUAGAGCGACUGAAUAAGCAGUUCCGGACAGAAAUGGAGGAUUUGAUGAGUUCAAAAGAUGAUGUUGGCAAAAGUGUUCACGAGUUGGAAAAGUCAAAAAGGGCUCUGGAGCAACAAGUAGAAGAGAUGAAGACUCAGUUGGAAGAGCUAGAGGAUGAACUGCAGGCCACAGAAGAUGCUAAAUUGCGCUUAGAAGUAAACCAGCAAGCCAUGAAGGCACAGUUUGAACGAGAUCUCCAGGCCCGAGAUGAACAAAAUGAAGAAAAGAGAAAGCAGCUGAUGAGACAGGUGCGAGAAAUGGAAGUGGAGCUGGAAGAUGAAAGGAAACAGCGCUCUAUUGCUGUAGCUGCCAGAAAGAAGCUGGAAAUGGACCUCAAGGGUUUGGAGGCCCAUAUAGAUUCUGCUAAUAAGAAUCGUGAGGAAGCGAUUAAACAGCUCCGGAAGUUACAGGCCCAGAUGAAGGAUUGCAUGCGGGAACUGGAUGACACACGUGCCUCAAGAGAAGAAAUUUUGGUACAGGCUAAAGAAAAUGAAAAGAAGUUGAAGAAUAUGGAAGCAGAAAUGAUCCAAAUGCAGGAGGAGCUUGCAGCUGCUGAACGUGCUAAGCGCCAGGCUCAACAAGAGAGGGAUGAGCUGGCUGAUGAGAUUGCUAACAGUAGUGGCAAAGGAGCUCUGGCCUUGGAAGAAAAACGUCGCUUGGAGGCUCGGAUAGCUCAGCUUGAAGAAGAAUUGGAGGAAGAGCAGAGUAAUACAGAGUUGGUGAACGAUCGUCUCAAGAAGGCAAAUCUUCAGAUUGAUCAGAUAAAUACAGAUCUGAAUGCAGAACGCAGUAAUGCCCAGAAAAAUGAAAAUGCUCGCCAACAAGCAGAGCGUCAGAAUAAGGAACUAAAGGCAAAGCUUCAGGAAAUGGAGAGUGCUGUGAAAUCUAAAUACAAGUCUUCUAUCACUGCUCUUGAGGCAAAAAUAGUACAGCUGGAGGAACAGCUCGACACUGAGACAAAGGAACGCCAAGCUGCCAGCAAGCUGGUCCGACGUACUGAGAAGAAGCUGAAAGAUGUUAUUCUACAAGUGGAAGAUGAAAGACGCAAUGCUGAACAAUAUAAAGAUCAGGCAGAUAAAAUAAGUGCACGCUUGAAGCAACUUAAGCGUCAGCUGGAAGAGACAGAAGAAGAAGCGCAACGAGCCAACGCAGCUCGCAGAAAGCUGCAACGAGAAGUGGAGGAUAUCACUGAGACCUCUGAUGCCAUGAACCGGGAGAUUACUUCCCUGAGAAGCAAACUUAGACGAGGAGAUAUGCCCUUUGUGAUGACACGCCGGAUUCCCAGGAAGGGACCAGGUGAAGUGUCUGAUGAAGAACUGGAUGGCAAGGCAGAUGGUGGUGAUGCCAAAGCUACUGAAUAGAAUUGCUUCCAGGUUACCCAUUAUCAAAUGACCUACCCUCCCUUUGUCACAAAACCCUUCUAAAGUGUGCUGGGGAAAGUGGAUCAUAGUGUUACAGUGUUUCUUGGACUAUUUGGAGCCAUCAGACAUUAGUGUCAUCUCUCCCAGCAUCACACUCUUUUGUAUUGAAUGCCAAAGAGUCUGUAGUCUGAUAUGAGACAGGGCACUACAAUGCCUAUAACAUUGAUUGUUCUUCCCACAGCUGCCAGUAAAUGUUUGUAAUUUGGUGGGAAAGAGAGUACUUUUUGUUGCUAUAAAUCAACUAUUUUCUUCUAAUAACGAGUUUGUGAUAGAGGCAAGAAACCACCCUUUAUUCCUCCUCUUUUGUUUGCUUUUGGCAAUCAUGUUCGGUGACCUCAUAGUUUCUACUUCUUCAGUCUGUCCACUUAGCAGUCUAAGGGUCAUGUUGAAUAGGAAAAGCAAGGAUUCCCAGCAUGCCUUCCAAAUGUCUUUGAAAUCAUGUAGAACACAAAGUCUCGGGUAUGGAUGAAGAGGAAGGAAGCUUCUCUUACAAGAGACUUCAUUAAUUUGAUCCCUCCUUGUAACCAAUACCUGGACAGUUCUGAAGUGCAAUGGUGUCUCAGGCUUUAUGUCUAAGAUGGAAUGAAUCAAUAAUUAAUGACAAGUCAAGAAAGCAUCAAGUUUUCCUAUGUUCUUAUUGGAGAACCUGUUUGGGACCAAAUAUAUUUAAUGGUAAGAAACAGAACUUUAGUGAGUUUGAAUGGAGUAUGGGCAAGGAAGUGCUUCUUUACUCUAAUGUCCAAGCCUCUAGCUCUAUAAUCAGGGGAUAGGUUUAGUUAUUCUGCACACUGACUAAGAGUAUAUUAAAGAAGAAGAAAAACUUUUAAUCUGCACAGAUGAUAUGUUGAAGACCUUGGUAUCUCUUGUUUAUAAGUAAUUAAGAAAAUACAGUAAAGGUCUUUAUCACUGCCUUUCUAUGGGGACUGCAAUUAUAUAGAUAGUCUUUACUUUUCUACACCAUACACUGGUUGCUGGAUUUAUCUGUAUACUUAACCAUAUUGUAUAUGCUGCAUUUAAACUUCUAAGUAAAUGACAAAAUUAAAAUAAGAAUACCCUAUACUGUAUGGUUAUUGCUCUCACUGCAGGAACCUCCUAUCCCUGUUGCUGUCACCAAACCAAAUUUGCAAACCUUUUAUAUAAUAAGUGCCUUAGCAUGUGUCUCCACUACGAUCAGUAAUGGAUUGCCGGUGCUCCUCUAACAAUAAAGAUUAUCCAUGUACUACCA